AUGCAAGUGGUGAUUACCGGGUCACAAGUGUUCGGUAAAGCGUUCAUGGAGGCCUAUCGCCAGGCGUCGAGUGCUUCGAUCCGGGCCAGUGCCACGGCCGCUGCUCGUCAGAAGUCCGGCGGCGUCAGUCUCGACGAGGCGUGCAAAAUCCUCGAUAUCGAGGAGUCCAGUAUCAGCCAGGAGCUUGUGAAAAAGAAAUACGACUACCUGUUUGACGUCAACUCGAAAGAGAAGGCAGGCAGUUUCUACCUGCAAAGCAAGGUGUAUCGUGCUAUGGAACGACUGAAUUACGAACUGGAACAAAAAACUGCACAGGCAGCUCAGGCUGGCUCAAAACCAGGGCAGUCCGCAAGCUAG